GACGCACUUGUCCACUCUUACACCACAUACAUGUAUAUUUGUCUAUGUCUUACACCGUUUCCUAAGUCUGCUUCGCGCUUUCAACACGUAUCCCCGUGGGAACUCCGGCAAAGACCAGCGACACUUUCUCUCUGACAGAUAUCAAGUCUCGCUCUCCCUACGGUGAUGACGACGUCCGUGAGCCUCAACACCGGCGGCUGCAUGCCCGUUCUGGGCUUAGGAACAUGGAGGGCAUCUCCAGGGCAGGUGGAGCAGGCCGUGGAGGCGGCCAUCUUGGCGGGCUACCGCCACAUCGACGGAGCGUACGUGUACGAGAACGAGGCCGAGGUGGGGGCGGGGCUACAGAGGAUGAUGCAGCAGGGUGUGGCCAAAAGGGAGGAGCUGUUCAUCGUCAGCAAGCUGUGGUGUACGUUCCAUCAGCGUUCUCUGGUGAAGGGGGCGUGUCAGAAGACCCUGCAGGACUUGCAGCUUGACUACCUGGACCUCUACCUCAUGCACUUCCCCAUCGGCUUCCAGCCUGGGGACAAUCUCUUUCCUUUGGGGACCGAUGGACAGGUCAUCGGGGACGACAGCAACUUCCUGGACACAUGGGAGGCCAUGGAGGAGCUGGUGGACUGUGGACUGGUCAAGGCCAUCGGCGUCUCCAACUUCAACCACCAGCAGAUCGAGGCCAUCCUGAACAAGCCCAACCUCAAGUACAAACCUGCCAACAACCAGAUUGAGUGCCAUCCAUACCUGACCCAGGAGAAGCUGAUCAGCUACUGUCACUCAAAGGGCAUCACCGUGACGGCAUACAGUCCUUUGGGCUCGCCAGACAGACCGUGGGCCAAAGCUGACGAGCCCUCUCUGCUGGAGGACCCAAAGAUUAAAGCCGUCGCCAGCAAACACAGCAAGACUGCAGCGCAGGUACUAAUCCGGUUCCACAUCCAGAGGAAUGUCGCCGUCAUUCCAAAGUCCUCCAACCCCCAGCGGAUCAAGGAGAACUUCCAGGUGUUUGACUUUGAGCUGAGUGAGGAGGACAUGAAGACCAUCCUGAGCUUCAACAGGAACUGGAGGGGGUUCGCCAUGGAGUGGGCCUCCCAGCACAAAGACUUCCCUCUGGAUGCAGAAUACUGAGCUGGACCAGUGUGUGUGUCUCUCACACACACACACACACACACACACACACACACACUCACACACACACAGAUGUAACACCACAAACAAACACACAGACACACUGUCUAAAAGAAGAUUGAGUAUUUGUGCUUUUGGACAGAUAUAACCUCAGGCUGUUAUUUUUCAGUGUGCCAAGUCCCAGUGCCUUAACUCCAGCACCAUACAGCCAACCACCAUCUUACAAUGAACACCACACACACACACACACACACACACACACACACACACACACACACACACACACACACACACAACCUUAACGCACACACACACACACUCUCACACACACCACAGAACACCAGACUCCAGCACCACUUCAUCUGAUUACAGAACACACAGCUCAACAUUCCUGUGAGGCCAGUCAGUACUUUGGUUCUAAUCGGUCCUUUAGAACGUCUACAGGACCGCCCCCCCUAAUCGGUCCUUUAAGCCUUUCUGUUUCCAUUGCGGUGCCGGAACUACAGACAUACAAGUGACAUCAUAUUUUGCUCUUCGAUCAGGACUUCAACUCUGAGAACGACAAAAUAAUGACAUAUAUGUUGGCACUCUGAGAUUCUUCUGAAAGAAGAGUGCAUUACAAAUUAAAUGAAUUAUUAUUAUUGUAUUUCUUCCGGCAGCACCAACAUGAGAUUGUUAAACCAUAGAGUUUCUAGGUAUGUUACGUGAAGGUCGAGUCGACGGCUGAAUUACCUGAAGCUCGAGUCGACGGCGGAAUUUUGCAGUAAAGUCACGAACACAAAUGGCUCCAUGGCACCGGCUCGAUCCUUCACCCUCACCUAUGGCACCGGCGUCAAGCUAUACAAUUUUUUGGGAACGGCUAUUCUUAGGUUUACGGUGUCUAUUGACUUCAGUUCACUCCAACACACCAUUGUGCUUUUAUAACACACAGCCAUUAUUAUUAUUAUUAUUAUUCUGACACACUACCACACCUGAAAGAUGUAUACACAAAGAAUGAACUAAAUCUACGGAUACAACUUACAAAAAAUCUUCAUUUAGAAGUUCAAACGGCGUUAAUUGAAGUUGAUGGACAUCGUCAGGAAGCUUGACACUGGUUUCAUCACGGCGAUGAAUAAUUAAAGUCUAUAUUUCAUAUUAUAUUUCAGCUGCCGUUUUGCUUGUGUGGAUUCAGCGGCUAGAAGUCUGUCUGUGAUUCCAGAAUGUUCUCUGUUCAUGAUGUAUGCUGUCUGUAACUCCUGUUAAGAUAAGUGUGUGUGUUAGGAUAAGUGUGUGUUUUAAGAUAAGUGUGUGUGUUAAGAUAAGUGUGUGUGUUAAGAUAAGUGUCUGAUGUGUUAAGAGAAGAAGUGUAUUUUUCUCGCUCUGUUGAAAAGUAAAGCAGUACAUGGA